AUGGAUGCUGUAAAUGCACAGCAACAUGCCAUCCAUCCAAAGAGCCUCCAAACUUCAGGCUUGAAUCAGCAGAGAGAAGGCUUCAUACCCAAGCUCAUUGCAGCUCACGAUACCGUCAUUUCCCAGUCCAAAAUCGAUGCUGGCUUCUCUAACCGUGAACUUGUGACUAUCCACAAGCUCUACCAGAUCCAGCUCUACAUCAACUGGCAGAUCACACAGCUUGGCCCCCGGUGCCUCCGUCCGGAUGAGUGGCUCACUUAUGCUUGUGACUUCUUCCAGCCAGUCUUUGCUCUCAUACAUAUGCCAUCAAGCCAUUUCAAUGCUCAGCUCGGCAAGAUAAGCCUGGAAAUAGCGCGAUCUCAAUGCUUUCCAAACGUCUGGACCAAAAUUAUUGGACAGGAUUUCACCAUUGACAAGCAAGCGGCCUACCAUCUGUCAGAGACCGUUUCUGCGGUGAUUUCCGAGGUGGCUAUCCUAUUUCCUAACAUGAAAGUCUAUCAACGAUCACACUUGCUAGAUCCUGUACCUGGCGGGCGCGAACGUGUUGCAGGAUACCUGUCUCGAAACACCAACACUCAGAACCUCAGCGGUGAGUCCGAUGCCGCCGCCAUCAACCGCCUGGACAAGCCAGCAAAUAUCGAGAACUGGCUCAGCAAUGUUUUCGAGUUCCACGAGCACAACUUAGCUGAGAAGCUGGAUUGGUACGGCGGCAGCAGCAUGGCCAGUCACGACUCCACGGUUGCCGACCCGGAAGACGACUGGGCCAAUACCGGCCUCGGCGAAGACAGCAUCAACCCGCUCGCCAUCGCGUUCGACCCCGAGCACAAAAACACCACGAUUCGAGACUCGGUCCUGGAACAAGACGGCCUCGAGUACUUCACGAGCGCCAGCGCCUUCUGCGCCCGCCUCUGCCUGCUCGAAUGCUCCGAGGUUCUCAGUAUGGGUGACCCGGACUUUGCCGACGCGUUCCAGGGUAUGCUUCGCGGCUCCGCGCUGUGGUGGUUCAUCAACGAGCUGGCGGACGAGGAGCGCGAUGCCCUGCGGACGACGUCCAUCGAGGCGCUGGGCAGGGCUAUGAUGUGGCGGUUUCCGACGCUGAGCGAGAGGCAGGCGAGGUGGUGUCUCGAGGACCGGGACGGAUAUCUUGCCGCUCUGACCAUCGAGGGCUGUUCCAACUGCGUGGACCUACUGCGGAUCCAAAUCAUGCAGCUAUGUAGAUACGCGCAGAUCGCCGAGGUUGCCGACCGGCCCGAGACUUACGUCGAUAUCUGGGAAAGGCUCGAGCCCCGGUUGCAGCAGUUCUUCGAUAGGCCGGACCCAAGCACCGGGGACCAUGACAGCUUCAUGGCUUUGGUCGACAAAGGACUCGUAAAGGCGCUAAAGGGGGAGAGAUAUCUCCUGGACGAGGACAACCAGGUGGGUAAGAUUGGCAAGCCGGGCCGGAUGAGCCAGAAGGGCUCGGCUCUCGGGCAAGAGGAGCCAGCAGGCGCAGAGGCAAAGAAAGAUGAGGUGGGGAGCAAUCAAUCUUACUGCAUGUGCACAUCAUGCUGUGAAAAGCUGGCCCGACAGGGUUUCAAUGAUAUUGGUGCCUCGGUAGAACAGGAUGUCGGGUUUCGGAUGCGCACAUGGACGUUUCUGGGGCGUCCCCUCGUGGGCUGA